AUGUCUUCCGCCCCACCGGCCGCGGGCUUCGUCAGCCCCUUCGCCAGACCCCGCUGCCUGGCCGCCGCAGCCCCGGCCGGCAAAGCCAAGCUGACGCACCCGGGCAAGGCGAUCCUGGCAGGUGGCCUUGCCGGAGGUAUUGAAAUCUGUAUCACAUUCCCUACCGAAUACGUGAAAACGCAACUACAGCUGGAUGAAAAAGCCAACCCGCCACGCUAUAAAGGCAUCGUGGAUUGCGUUCGAGUGACAGUCCGGGGCCAUGGGAUCAAAGGGCUUUAUCGAGGUCUCAGCUCACUGGUGUAUGGUUCCAUACCGAAGGCUGCUGUCAGGUUUGGCAUGUUUGAGUUCCUGAGCAACCACAUGAGAGAUGCCGAUGGAAAACUGGACAGCACCCGUGGCCUUCUUGCCGGUUUGGGGGCUGGUGUGGCCGAAGCCGUGGUGGUGGUCUGCCCCAUGGAAACCGUCAAGGUGAAGUUCAUCCACGACCAAUGUUCUCCCAACCCAAAAUACCGAGGUUUUUUUCAUGGCGUGCGGGAGAUCGUUCGGGAACAAGGGUUGAAAGGAACCUAUCAAGGUUUAACUGCCACAGUCCUCAAACAAGGAUCUAACCAAGCCAUCCGUUUCUUCGUCAUGACGGCUCUGAGGAACUGGUACAAAGGGGACAAUCCCAACAAAGAGAUUAACCCACUUGUGACGGGGCUAUUUGGGGCGUUCGCUGGGGCUGCCAGCGUCUUUGGUAACACCCCGUUAGAUGUUGUGAAGACGAGGAUGCAGGGACUUGAAGCGCAUAAGUAUAAGAGCACCUUGAAUUGCGCCUACCAAAUUAUGAAAUAUGAAGGACCUCUAGCGUUUUACAAGGGGACAAUUCCUCGCCUGGGAAGGGUCUGCUUAGACGUAGCCAUUGUGUUCAUCAUCUACGAUGAAGUGGUCAAGCUACUCAACAAAGUCUGGAAAACGGACUGAGAGCUCACCGCCGUGAGCCGGGUAGUCAUCUGCCCACCCCGUCAGGCAACAGCUGGGAAAAAAAGGUGUGACCAACUGCAGAGAACAUUUGAAAGGGUGGUGUGCUUCUUCAUUCUUCUUUCUUCUCACUGGGCGCAGUGCACGGGUGCAAAGAGGACACGAUUCCAGUCCCCAAAUCACUGUCACGUUUUAUGAUACUUAUUUAUCGGAACAAACUGCGGAUGGAUCUUCUCUCUGUAGGUUUCAUUGUAGUCGUCGAUUGUGUGAGACCACAACUGGGGAGUCAGCAGGACAGGGUCAUGGAAAUGAAUCCACGGGUCACUAUCAAAUAGUUUUCUUCUGGUAGAGGGUCAGAGAAUGACCAGUUGGUUGGGGUAGGGUGGUUUUCCUUGGUGUUCUUAAAAAUACACAUUCUUAUUGGCUUUCUCACUUGUUCACUCUUAGAAGACAAGUUCAAGACACAAAGUCCUUCCUUUUCCAAAAC